GCGAAGUGCUCGGUGCUCUCUGCAUGUCCAGCCUGUUCAUAUCAAUAAUCACUUUUUGCGCUCUCUCACACCCUCCCCACUCCAUCUUCAAAGUACCUCCACAACACUUCUACCGCCUCGACUGACGAGGAGCUCACUUUCAUCUGCGCCGCAACACCCCGCGCAUCCGUGCGAAGCUCUGUUCGCCGCCCUCCUGCUCGCUCCUUUAACACAACGCGCACCCAUCUCUUUCGCCGCGACAUACCAAUCCUAGUCGCCCACCAUGGAGACUUUUGACAACAUCUACCUCGAUCUAUCAAAGCAGACUGGCAAAUGUCGCUUUGCCGAGUCUGGUUUGGGUUGGAAGCCCUCCGGUCCUGGCGACACUUUCACCCUCGACAAGGCCGAGAUCAUCUCGUCACAAUGGAGCAGGGCCGCCAGAGGCUUCGAGGUCAAGAUCUACUCAAGGAAUUCAGGCGUCAUUCAGUUGGACGGCUUCAUGCUCGAUGACUAUGACCGUUUGUCACGGUGCUUCAAGCUGUGGUACAGCAUCAACCUCGAACAGAAAGAGCAUGCCCUGCGCGGCUGGAACUGGGGAAAGGCUGACUUCGGCAAGGCUGAACUGGCCUUCAACGUACGCAACCAACCCGCUUUCGAGAUCCCCUACACCGAAAUCUCAAACACCAAUCUGGCCGGCAAGAACGAAGUCGCAGUCGAGUUCUCCCUGCCCGGCAACGGCGAAGAGACGGGCACGAAUGGCGCGCUUGGAGGUGCCAGAGGAAGAGGCAAGAAGGCAGGUGGUUCGGUCGACCAAAUGGUCGAAAUGCGCUUCUACAUCCCAGGAACAGCAACUCGCAAGGAAAAGAAGGAAUCGGGCGACGAAGAUGGCAGCGAAGCCGACGGCGAGGAUGACCAACAGAACGCCGCCAACCUCUUUUACGAGAUGCUCAUGGACAAAGCAGAGAUUGGCGAAGUCGCCGGCGCUACCUUCGCUACCUUCCUCGAUAUUCUGCACCUGACCCCCCGUGGUCGUUUCGACAUUGACCUCUAUGAGAGCUCUCUCCGUCUUCGCGGCAAGACCUACGACUACAAGAUCCAGUACGAUUCCAUCAAGAAGUUCUUCCUUCUCCCCAAGCCCGACGAUGUUCACCAGCUCAUCUGUAUCGGACUCGACCCUCCGCUACGUCAAGGUCAGACUCGCUACCCAUUCUUGGUCAUGCAGUUCAAGCGUGAAGAAGACAUUGUUCUCGACUUGAACAUGACCGAAGAAGACCUCGAGAACAAGUACAAGAACAAGCUUCAGCCGAGAUACGAGGCACCUAUCGCCACCGUCAUCUCAAAGAUCUUCUUGGGCUUGACGGGCAAGAAGAUUCUGCAGCCCAGUCGUGACUACAACUCGCACCACCAGCAGUCGGGUGUAAAGUGCUCAGUCAAGGCCAACGAGGGUCACCUCUUCUGUCUGGAACGCGCUUUCCUCUUCGUACCCAAGCCUGCUACUUACAUCGCUUUCGAGAACGUCUCCGCAAUUACCAUGUCCAGAGUGGGCGGCGCCGUCAGCGCUUCCCGUACCUUCGAUAUCGCCGUGUCGCUCAAGGGUGGUGGUGAGCACCAAUUCUCGAACAUUAACCGUGAGGAGCAAAAGUCUUUGGAGAACUUUUUCCAGCUGAAGGGCAUCAAAACUAAGAAUGAGAUGGAAGAAGAGGGCGCCAUGAUGGCAGCCGUGCUUCAAGCAGGCGACCUUGACUCUUCGGAUGAUGAGGUUGUUGCAGCUCGUGGCUCCGCUGACGAGGAUGAUGAGUCUGUCGACGAAGACUUCCACACCGAGUCAGAAUCCGAUGUUGCCGAGGAGUACGACAGUGCUCACGAUAGCAGUGGUGAUGACGAUGAGGAGAUGGCUGAUGCUGGAGGAAGCGACACUGAGAAGAAAGUGGAGCCUCCUAAGAAGAAGUCUAAGACGGCAAAGUAGCUGCUGCAUGGCACUCUCACUUGAAACCCUGAUUCCUGGAGCUCGGCAUGGCGUAGGCGUUUUGGAGAUGAGGGCGUGAUUGGCAGACGGCUCGUGUCACAAA